AAACAUAAGCGUACAAAAUAGUUUAUUCUCAAAACCAAUUCCUUUCUUUGUCUUCUUUAUCUGAUAUUCUUGUGCAAGACACGAAAUUGCUUCUGCUUCUAUAUUCUAUUGGGGUGCUUAGAAGGUCCAAUUCAUUAGCUUUCCACAGGAAGAAAGUGAGUUGAUUCCUGGGUCUAGUCGUUUUUCUAAGGUUCUUUUACUGAACUCUUUCUCUUUCUGUUCGGGUGCAUGUGUGUGUUGGAGUUUCUUGGUCUUGGCACAUGGCCAUGAAUGGUACAGUGAAUCUUUGUUCUGAAAAUAAGAAUGCUUCUUUAUUCUUCUAAAGCCACCAUCAAAUCUUUGUUCUUGAAUGAAUGAUGGCCUUAGCUCUAACUAACUGACAAAACUAAAAUUUCCAUUUCUUUGAUGGUUUGGCUUGAUUUGAUUGUUCUAAAAUCUUGAAAUUGUUUUAUCAUUUCUCACUGAAAUUUCAAUUACUCUUGAUCAUUCGUCUAUUUUUUUUUUUAUAUAUGAAUAUAGCCAUAUAGCUAUAAGAUUGAAAAGAUUGGUACAUGUUUUUCUUUUAAACGCAUAAUGCAUAACUUAUGUAGUUAUAUCUCAUCAAUCAAUUUUUAAAUGCUGACUAACCAUUAAGCGGUUUAGUUGGCCUCUGCUGGAUUGUUUUUAUUCCAAUUAACUCCACUUUUUGCAAUUUUCUUGUAUCAUCAUUUGUCAAUUAGAACAUUUUGGGCUCUGUGGUUCUAUUCCCUACUUUUGAAAUAAAAUUUGCCCUGAGGACAUCCUUUUCACUAUAAUAAUGUCAGGUUUGAGUGUCAAUUUGAUUCGAUUAUGGUGUUUUACAGAAUCAAGUUCCAUGAUACUCAAAGAUCUAAUGGAAGAAAAACAGUUAAAUUUUAAUCAACCACUUUUGUCAGUAAGGCGGUUCUCAUCAACAGUGACCUCUGAAACAGACAACAAAAGGAACAUUGAUAAUUCAAUAGCUAGACUUCAACCUGCUCCUUCUUACAAAUCAGAGUUAAAUUCAGGUCCAGUGAGGCAUGCUGGAACUGUUCCUUUUAUAUGGGAGAAGGCUCCAGGAAGACCCAAAGAUGAAAGCAAAUUACAGACACAAGCUAUUGGGCAGCCUCCAAUCACUCCAAACAUUCCACCUGGGAGGGUAUCAAAAAUUAAGGAACAAGAUUCUGGUAGAGUUUUGACUUUGGUUAAAAAAAACUCUCAAAAUGUAGCAACUUUGGUUAAAAAAGUAACAAAAUAUGAUGAAAGCUCUAAAGAGGAAACUAAGGAGAAGGAAAGUUCUGACUCAGAUGAUGGAAAUGAGGCCUAUGUAGAUGCUCUUGAUACACUUUCUAGGGCUGAAUCAUUCUUCAUGAGCUGUAGUGUGAGUGGUUUGAGUGGAUGGGAUGAGAAAGAGGUCCAACCAUUUGGAAGUUUCUCUAGUGAACAGGAAGAUCGUAAUUUCAUGAUUGAUAGGUUCUUGCCUGCAGCAAAGGCAAUGAUAUCUGAAGCACCUCACUAUGCUUCCAAGAAAGCACUUGUUGGACAAGAACAACAAAAGCAGAUAAAAAAAGAUGUGACCCUUAAUCAGCAUAGACCAAAAGCUUUGACACAUUACAACCUAGAUAUUAUUGGUAAGGAAGAAAGUGAAGAUGAAAGUGAUGAUUGCGAUGAAUCUGAAAACUACACAACCACAGUCUGUAGCCUAUUUCCUCGGUUCUGCCUUUUGAAUCCAGUAACUGGAUUAAGAAUGGUCGAUAAGGUUCAAAGAAAUGCAGUUCAUGGAAUGCAAGCUAAAUCAGAUGCUUCUCACACUGAAUCUACAAAAGAGCAUGGUAGAACUCCUAAUUGGAAAAAAUCAAUAGAUUCCCAUUCUGGCUUUACAGAAGAAAAAGAAGUUUUGGGUAUUCAUGUAAAAUCUAAACUUGGCACUGAUCCACAUCAAAGAGGUUGCAACAAUUUAGUGUCCUGUGAGAGCACACAACGUGAUUCUAGUUAUGAAAGCCCUAUUGUUGAGAAAACACUACAUGUUGACUCUGUACAUAAAGUUAAGUCUCAAACCAAUCACAUAGGGGGUGAUAUUGAGGCCUUGAGAACAGAUAGUGGCAUUUAUAAUAAUCCUUCAAUAGAUUCUUCAUGUGAGAAUAGCAAACGCUUGGAUGUUAUGGAUGUGAAGGCAGCAUUACAACCUGAAAGUUCAGGAAAUUCUAUCAAUGACAUGAAAAUGGAAAUGAAAAAAAAUUCCAAGAAAGUAUACAUAGAAAAGCAAGGACUGACCAAGGCUGGCAACCAACAAAGUGACUUAUAUCAGGAUUUGGUUGUGAUUUCAAGUCCUACAAAGUGUACUUUGGCCAGCUCAAAGAUAGGAAAUAAUGGGAAAAUUGACUUAGAAAGCCAAUAUUUUAUGAAGUUAGGCCAUCCAGAAAUAUCUGAUACAAGCUGUUUUCGACUUCCUCUUGUCCUUCCUUCACUAAAAGCUCCAUCAGAGUCUUGGCUUAAGCGUAUUUUGCCUACAAUUUCCAAAAGGAACAUUAAUUCACGGUCUAACCUUAUGGCAAACAGUCAUGCACGAAGUCAAACUCACAAGACACCAUCACCAUAUCCUAAGUGGGAAACAAUUGUUAAAUCUUCCAAUGUAUAUCAUGGACAUCUGCAGCUCCCUGAGGAACUACGAACACUACCCCCAGAAGCUUGAACUUUACGGAGAGAAAAGAAGACUUUUCAUAAUCUGAAUGCCUGGUGAAAUGCACAUUUUUGGUUAUGUAAUUUGUGUGUUAAUGUUCUGUUUUCCCAUCCUUCUUGUUGGUCCCCUUUUGCUUCUGUAUCCAUGAGUGUACAUAACCGAAGCUGUAAACCACUGUUGCCUAUUGUAUCUUGUAAAUUUUUGUUUCAAUAAAAAUUUCUCUCUUUG